CUCCAUCCAACCCCGCCUAUUCAUAGCCAGGGGCGGAACCUGUACCUGGUCACGCCCAGCAGGCCCCGCCUCAACCUGCGGACUGAACCAAUCAGAGAGACCUACAUUGGCACGGUUACACCCACUGAUGAGAGCGGAGAGGCGGAGCCGGACCGCAGGCCUCACCCACGUGGGCCAGGAGGAGGACCAAUCAGGUGGAACUGAACGGCAUUCACGCCACACCCCCUUCAGACCUGCCAAUCAACCCCUACGCUCCUGACCAGGUGGCCCCGCCCACUUCUCAGGUUUUAGCUCCACCUCUCCCCCUCCUCCCCUUGUUACAGCCACAGGGAGGCCCAAUGGCACGAGGGCAGAACAGAACCAGAAGAACCAGGACCAGGAUCUGGACCGAGAGGGGCAGGGGAGACCAGCAGAGGCCACGCCCCACAGGGAGGCUACACCCCAGAGGGAGGCGGAGCUGAGGAGGCGGUCCACUGAGGACGGCGGUCUGAAGUCCACGGUGAAGACCUCCUGGUCCUGUACAGUGGAGACACAGAGCCCGCCCACAUCUGACAGCGGCAUUGACGGACAGGUCAAAGAGCCAAUGAGGAAAGAGCCUCAGAGUGACGACACCAGUCCUUCAGAACAGACCGAAGGCUCUCGUCUGUCUCUGCGUCGUCUCUCUCGGUCCGACUCGGCCGGAGUCGAACCGGCAGCCUCGACCGAUGCGGCUCACGGCCACGCCCACCUGCGUCUGACCCCGCCUCCCUGGCUCCCAUGAAGAAGACGCCUUCUCUUCAGUCUCUGAGCGUGGGGUCGCCGUUCCUAAAACUGCGAAAGUCGCCGUCGCUUCAGAGUUUCACGUCGGAGCAGAAGAAGAAGGAUCGGUCUGAGAACUACAGACCAGCGGCCGACAGUAACCUGCAGCGCUGCCUCAGUGUGGAGGACGUCAGCGGUCCCAGCGCUCUGCGUUCGGUCGGUCGGGUUCUUCAGGUCGGUUCUGACGGAACCGUUCUGUUAGAACUGAGUCGACCCACGAGCAGAACCUUUGGAUUCAUCAUCAGCAGAGGACGAGGACGGCCCGACUCUGGUGUGUACGUGGAGGACAUGGUGGACGUCAGCACACAGAAGCUCUACGCUGGACUCCUGGGGGUCGGAGACGAGAUCCUGGAGGUGAACCAGGAGAAAGUGGUCUGUCUGAGUCUGGACCAAGUCACCCACAUGUUGACCCAGGGGGACUCCGUCACGGUCCGAGUCCUGCGGCACCGGAGGCUGCCGCCAUGGUGACGCCAUCGCCACGGAGAUGACACAAACUGUGGUGACCCUGACCCUGGUCUCCUCAGACCUGGAGCUGACCCGGGUCUCCUCAGACCUGGAUCAGCUGUGAAGUUGAAUAUUUAUGUGAAAUUCUGAAGGUUUGGUGGUCAGUGUUUAUCCUCUGCAGUAUUUAUGACGUUAUUUACAUGUUUUUAUGUUUAUAUUUUCAGCCAAAUUGAAAUUAAAAUAAAACCUAUUUCUGACAAAUU